UAUUUACUUUCUGGAUUGACAUGAACAAAUAGACAUUUCGUCUCUGUUUUAUAUUUUAUUGUUUCUUUUCAUUAUUCAUAAACGGUUGAACGGAAUUUUUGACGAAGUUACAGUGGUAUUAAUGAAAAAUGAAGACGAGUUAUUUCGGACGGUAGCAAUAGCAUUUCAAACCAGCACACGCUUUGCUUUCAGCAACAUUUUUACAAUGUGAAAAAUUGGCAGUUAUUCGCUGCAGCCAUUGAGAUACUGGAAAAUUAUUGCAUUCGUGUGAGUGUAUUCAGCAACACAUUAAAUUUUUUUUUUUGUUGAAAAAAUUGGAUUAUGUAUGGUGUUGAAUGCAACUGUUGUUAUUUUUAACAUUAUCAAAAUCAUUAAUCCAGCGAGUGUUUGUACGGAUUUGAACCGUAGAAAGUUCACAUUGUGUGAACAUUGAAUACGUUGAAGGGAGUAAAAAUGUUUGUAGAAAGCACAAUCAAUCGAAACGUUUGAAUAAAAACAAAAGAAAAAAAGACGUGCACCGUAAUUAAGUCAUUCAUAUUUGAUGGAUGCUAGUGUAUUUGGAUGUGUGUAAACGAUUUCCAAUUCUUUCGUUUACACAUCCUAUUAUUGUUCUCAAUGAAAUGUACUGCAAAUCGAGAGUGAAAAGGCAAUAUGAUUUUGAUCCCGUCGUCUCAACCGACGACGUGGUAAACUACCGUUAAAUUAUGUGUAUUGUGUACGAACACAACUCACAAUGUGAUCAUGUGUUUUAUCCCAUAGUGAACCGAACGAAAAGUCGACAAUACGCAAAAGCAAAUAUAUAACAUACGAUAGUAUCGCAUGAUGUGCCCGGUUUUAGGGUGGAUAGAUUUUUAAUUGGGUUAUUUACACUGUGUAUGUGUUUGUUGAACACGAGAGACUGAUUGUUGUUAUACUGAUUUGUUCUUAAGAUGAACUUAAAAUUACGCAUGAACUCAGUGUUCGAUGUGGUAAUAACAUUAAAUUCAGUUUAUUUUUAGAAAACAUACGUAAAGUAGACACAACUUAUGGCAUCAAGCGGAUGUAUCAAUUUCCUGCGACUUUCACGCACAUUCUCCUUGUAAUGGGAGGAGAAAUUUGUUCAGAAAUUUGAAACAGUUUAAAGUUAUUUCUCUGAAAAAGUUCACAAAAUUGGCUAUUUUUUGAGAGAUUCAGAUAUUGACGCACUCUAAUGUUCAUAUAGCCAUGCAACUGUGCCGACACAGUGUUUGCGCAUUCCCAAACAUGUGUCAUUUGAAGCGUAUAGAACGAUGGUUGCGUUGGUAUGUAUGGGUAUGUAUGUCGGUAAAAUGGUAGUAUAUGUGUGUGUACAUGUGUGUAUGUGUUCGUAUGACGUAUGUGUCAGAGAGUCUUCUGUUGAUCGUAUGUUUCUGUGCCGCUUUGUCGAACCAAAUUCAUUCAAAUGGUAUUUCAUAGUGUGUCGCUGGGAAUCGACAAUUCACUUUACUUGUUGUAUUAAGUGUGUGCGCGUUAUUUUUUCGGUUGUCACAACAAUCAAACUGUGAGCUAAACAUUGUAUUUUCGCUGAGAAUUCGACUACAGUCGCUUAUUUUCAUAUAAUCGGUCAGACGUGUUUCAACAGCAAUAUUGCACACAUAAACGAGAAAGAAGAGAACACGAAUGUGUUCAGUACAUUCUUAUAUAGAUGUUUUGUUGUUUACACAAAUAGAUCGAUAAAAACAUGUUACGUUUUUAGUGAAAUAGAGAACAUUUUGACGUUACUACGACCCACCGAAUCGUAAUGAUAAAAUAAAGCGCGGAUUAAUCGUUGUUUUUCAUUUCAAGUUGUGCGGUUCAUUCGUUUUGUUUCAUGUUUUGUGACCGGCUUUCUUCUUUUUAGGUUUUACAUUUCGCGUCGAUCUCAAAACGAAAUUUCGGUAAAAAGAAAACCCUGAAUAAAAAAAAAAAAUUAUGUGAUCAUCUUAGUCGUGAGGCUGAUAACGGUUGCGAAAAAAGUUUAAAUCACACACAGAUAUAGACAAUAUUAGGCGAUAGACUUCCUUUUCCGGUGAUUACCCUUAUCGAAGCCCAACGGAUUUGUGACAUUUUACGGUGUGACGUGUAUUGCGGUAGUGAAAGAAAAAAGGAGGUUGAGCAAUGGCUUAUGAGGAUCUGUUUAAAUACAUUGGCGACUUCGGUCGUUAUCAGAAACGUAUUUAUUUUUUACUAUGUUUGACCGCAAUUCCAUGUGGUUUCCACAAAAUGGCGAACGUAUUCUUAAUGGCAAGGCCUGAUCAUCGGUGUCAGCUUCCAUUUGAAUUCAGCAAUGCAUCGUACAACGUUCCAUCGGACCAACUGCGAAUGGAAUAUCCAUUCGAUAAAAUCGCGGGAAAUUAUUCGAAAUGUGAACGAUUCGAUGUCGAUUUCAGUGAGGAAUAUUUUAAAUCGAAUACAACGGCAAACCAAACGAUUGCCUGUGAUUCAUACAUAUACGAUUAUUCGAAGUACAAAAGUUCAACGGUCAUUGAAUGGACUAUGAUAUGUGGACGGGCAUGGAUGCGAGCAACGGCUGAUGCCUUAUUCAUGGUGGGAGUGUUACUUGGAAGUAUUAUAUUUGGACAAAUGUCAGAUAAUUAUGGCCGAAAGCCGGUAUUCUUCGCUUCGCUUGUGUUGCAGGUGAUAUUCGGUGUGAUUGCGGGCGUUGCUCCCAACUACGUAAUAUUCACCCUAUCGCGUUUGAUUAUCGGUGCAACAACAUCGGGUGUAUUUCUCGUGUCGUAUGUAUUGGCCAUGGAAAUGGUGGGUCAUACUUAUCGUUUGUUUGCCGGCGUUGCUGUGAUGAUGUUCUUCUCAUUUGGUUUCAUUUUAACGGCUGGCUUUGCAUACGUUUUUCCCGAUUGGCGCGAAUUUCAAAUUGCCAUCACACUUCCCGGAUUGGUGUUUAUGUGCUACUAUUGGUUCAUUCCGGAAUCAUCACGAUGGUUGCUAUCAAAGAAUCGCAAAGAAGAAGCUAUUAAAAUCAUUGAAGACGUUGCCAAAGAGAAUAAAGUAACCGUACCAAAAGAAGUGCUCGAUAGCAUUGGUGACGAUCAAAAAGAAACGAUCAAAAAUCCAGAUGAAAAACCACCUUCGGUAUUUGAUUUGUUCCGAUACCCAAAUUUGCGCCGAAAAACACUGUUGAUUUUUCUAGAUUGGUUUGUCAAUAGCGCCACAUAUUAUGGUCUUUCGUGGAACACAUCAAAUUUGGGCGGCAAUGAUUAUGUGAACUUUGUCAUUUCGGGUGCCGUUGAAUUUCCCGCCUACACGUUCCUUUUGCUCACACUCAAUCGUUGGGGACGACGGAAUAUUUUGUGUGGUUGCAUGUUGGUGGCGGGUAUCGCACUGUUAACGACCAUCAUCGUACCUGAACAGCAUGGAUAUGCCGUCGUUAUAUUGGCCAUGUUUGGUAAAAUGGCCAUCACCGCUAGCUAUGGUACAAUUUAUGUUUUCACCACCGAACAAUUCCCAACGCCCGUACGAAAUGUUGGUUUAGGCGCAUCAUCAAUGAUGGCACGUAUUGGUGGCAUUUUAGCACCAUACAUCAACGUUCUGUCCGAUAUAUGGAAACCAUUGCCGUUGGUUGUGUUUGGUGUGCUUGCAUUUAUUAGUGGCCUUUUAUCGUUAUACCUGCCGGAAACGUUGAACAAAACGUUACCCGAAACAAUCGAAGAGGGAGAACGAUUCGGUAAGAAAGUGCGUAAAGAUGAAGAAAAUACCGUUGACAACGCAGAACUGAAAAGGCUAAAUCCAACCGAAACAAACGGCGUUGGCAUCAUCGAAACCGCCGAACAUAAUGGCCAUGCCAAGGUCGAUAACUAGAAUGUAAUUUUAGACACAAACCAUUCAAUGAUUAGUUAAUCAUUUAGAUUCCAUAAACCAUACAUUUCUAUCAAACCAAAAAAAAAAAAAAAAUCAAAAAGAAAAACAAAAACAGAAGAAGGCAACUGAACUCUUUUGAAAAUUCAUUCAUUUUAUCCUGUAUUUUUAUUGAAUAAGAAAAUUCAUUUAAUAUUUGAAAAUUAGUAUUAAUAAAAUAAUAACAGAUUAAUUGACAAAGAAUGAGUCAAUAUGUAUGUAUAUUGAACAAAGUUCAAUACGUUCCUGUAUAUGUAGCAACAGCAACAACAAUAAUAACAUAAAAAUUAAUUGACCAAUCGAAAAAAAAAAGGUUAAAAAAGAUGAAAUAAAAGCACACUAAGUAACAACAGUACACAAACACACCAAUUGUAUAUUUGCAUCCAGAUAAAUUAAACUGCGAGCUAAAUAAAUGAAGUGAACGAGUUGAAGCUAAAGCUAAAAAUCAAUAUGAAAAUCACAGUUAAAUGGAAAGCAAUUGUGUUGUACUAAAAAUAGACUAGAUAUAUUCAGCUUUAAUUGUCACAUGAUUGUCCAACAUCAUUGUUUAAAGCAUGCAUUACAUUUUACAUUUAAUAAAACAUUGCUUAUUUCUCUAUGUCUCUGUCGCUCUCCCACUCGUUUUUCGCACAAUGAAGCGUUAAAUCAAUGAUGCUUUUGAUCUAAGCAUUCUAUGUCCAUGAGAAUGAAUUUGAAUAAAUGCAAUUUUGUAACUGAAUGAAUAAAAAUACCAACUAAAUCGAGCUAUACAUUAAAUGUAAAUCAUGCAAAUGGCAUUUUUAUCAUAUGAUCUGUACGAGAGAUAUCGAAAUAAAAAUAUCAAAAACGAAUUGUAA